CAUUCCUAUAAUAUUGACUAGGAUAUAUAAAAAGAGGAAACGUCACAACCCCUUAAAAUAAAACUAUUCUUAUUCUUAUCUUUGAUUAUAUAGCUAUAUAUUGGUUUCACCAACAACAUUGAAAACAAAAGAAGGUGAGAAGAAAAAGCCAUGGCUGUGAGAGAGAUAGAAGAAGGAGUAGUUGAUUCUAAUUCUACUAUUCCUUUGAAACAACACUUUGUGUUUGUACAUGGCAUAAGUGGAGGAAGUUGGUGCUGGUACAAAAUCUCUUGCCUGAUGGAGAAUUCUGGGUACAAAGUUUCAUGCAUAGACCUUAAAAGUGGUGGAAUUGAUCAAUCUCAUGCUGAUUCUGUUCUAACUUUUGAUGAUUAUAAUAAACCUCUUAUUGAUUUCUUAUCUGAUUUACCAGAUAAUGAAAAGGUUAUAUUGGUGGGGCAUAGUGCAGGAGGGUUGAGUAUUACUGAGGCCUGUCACAAAUUUCCAAAUAAAAUUCGUCUAGCAGUGUAUGUGGCAGCAACUAUGCUAAAAUUUGGAUACUCAACCGAUCAAGAUCUUAAAGAUGGAGUACCAGAUUUAUCGGAGUUUGGUGAUGUCUAUGAAUUGGGGUUUGGAUUGGGACAGGACAAGCCUCCAACAAGUGCUUUGAUAAAGAAACAGCUUCAACGCAAAAUCUUAUAUCCUCUAACCCCUCACGAGGAUUCAACGCUAGCUGCAAUGCUGCUGAGGCCAGGGCCAUUGCUGGCAUUAACGAGUGCGAAAUUCAGAGGAAAUGUUGAAGUGGAGAAAGUGGGACGUGUGUACAUAAGGACAAAGCAAGACAAUGUGAUAAAACCAAAGCAACAGGAAGCUAUGAUAAAUAGGUGGCCACCAAGUAGUGUGUAUGAACUGGAUAGUGACCAUAGUCCCUUCUUCUCUGCUCCAUUUUUACUCUUUGGAUUGCUUAUUAAAGUUGCAGCUUUUGACGUUGGAUGCAACUAGGUAGGUAUUUAACACAAUAAUAACCACCACGUUUUUCUAGUAUGUGAAGACCAAAAGAAUUGUUGUACUAGAAUAAAAUGGGUGGGUAUGGGGGACUUUAUUAAAAAAAGAAUAAAAUGAGUGUCUAUUGGAUUUUGCUUGGUUAUGAAAAUCAAUUUCAUGGUUU